ACUUUUCUUGUUAUUGUUGCCGAGCUCCGGUAUAAAAGGAAGUGCUCUUACCGAUUAGCUAAAGCCCUCGCCUCGUUCCCUUUCCUUCUUCUCCGGCUCCAAAGGCGUUUAAUCGUCUCUGAAUACGAAUUCGAAGAAAUUCAGGUCAUAAUAGUUGAAGGGCUUUGGCCAUGGCGCUCGUGUCACAGGCAGGAGGAACAUGCAGUGUCCCUUCAGGGGCUGUGUGCUCAAAGACUGGAAACAAGGCAGGUUUUUGGGCUGUGAAGAACCAGGCGAUGUCAAAGAUGAAGGAAACUUAUGUUAGCUUCUGUCCGAGCAACAAAUCCGCCAAAAAGAUGCUUAUCCAUUCACAUAAUAAUGGUAAAAGAAGCCAAAGAGGGCAUCAAGUGAUUGUGGCCGCAAGUGCUCCGACAGAAGAGGCCGUAGUUGCAACCGAGCCACUGACCAAAGAGGAUCUAAUUGGCUAUCUUGCCUCUGGCUGCAAACCAAAGGAAAAUUGGAGAAUAGGUACAGAGCACGAGAAAUUUGGUUUUGAGGUCAAUACUUUUCGUCCUAUGAAGUAUGAACAAAUAGCUGAGUUGCUAAAUGGUAUUGCUGAGAGAUUUGAUUGGGAAAAAGUUUUGGAAAACGACAAAAUCAUAGGUUUGAAACAGGGAAAACAAAGCAUAUCACUGGAACCUGGGGGUCAAUUUGAGCUUAGCGGGGCACCACUUGAGACUUUGCAUCAAACUUGUGCUGAGGUCAAUUCACACCUUUAUCAGGUAAAAGCCGUUGCAGAGGAAAUGGGAAUUGGUUUCUUAGGAAUCGGCUUCCAGCCUAAAUGGGCACGGGAGGACAUACCCAUUAUGCCAAAGGGAAGGUAUGACAUUAUGAGAAACUACAUGCCAAAAGUGGGCUCACUCGGACUCGAUAUGAUGCUCAGAACUUGCACUGUUCAGGUCAAUCUGGACUUCCACUCGGAGGCUGAUAUGAUCAGGAAGUUCCGUGCUGGUCUCGCUUUGCAACCAAUCGCUACAGCUCUCUUUGCAAAUUCCCCUUUCACUGAAGGAAAGCCAAACGGGUUUCUCAGCAUGAGAAGCCAUAUUUGGACGGAUACCGACAAAGACCGCUCAGGAAUGCUACCUUUUGUUUUUGAGGACUCUUUUGGGUUUGAGCAGUAUGUUGACUAUGCACUUGAUGUUCCUAUGUAUUUUGUCUAUCGAAACAAGAAGUACAUUGACUGUACUGGAUCAACAUUUCGGGACUUUAUGGUAGGGAAGCUUCCUCGUCUCCCGGGUGAACUGCCUACGCUUAAUGAUUGGGAAAAUCACUUGACGACAAUAUUCCCAGAGGUCCGGUUGAAGAGAUACUUGGAGAUGAGAGGUGCUGAUGGAGGACCCUGGAGAAGGUUGUGUGCCUUACCAGCUUUCUGGGUGGGCAUAUUGUACGAUGAGGAAUCUCUUCAGGCUGUUCUUGAUAUAACAGCUGAUUGGACUGCUGAAGAAAGGGAGAUGCUGAGGAAUAAGGUUCCAGUAACAGGCUUGAAGACACCGUUUAGAGACGGUCGUUUAAAGCAUGUGGCCGAAGACGUCCUAAAGCUGGCAAAGGAUGGCUUGGAGCGAAGAGGUUAUAAAGAAACAGGUUUCUUGAACGCAGUGGCCGAGGUGGUCAAUACAGGUGUUACACCUGCGGAAAAGCUGUUGGAGCUAUACCAUGGAGAGUGGGGACAAAACGUAGAACCCGUGUUCCAGGAACUGCUGUACUAAGCAACAAAGGGCUACGGCCUCGACCAUGAAUUGGGACGAGGUUCGAAAACUCUCUUUGCAACGCAAAAGUUUUGGGGGGAUGCAAUUUUCAGUUGCUGUCUGAAUAAAAUGUGGUUUUUCUUCUGUUUCCCAAAUAAAAACGUUUUUUUGUUGUAAUGUGGGUGGGGGUUUGAAAUUGUUUUCCUUGUUGUUUUCCCGUCCCAUGUAUUGUGUCUCUUAGCGGUUAGACCUUACUCUUUACGGGCAGAAUUUGCAUUGUAAAUUUCAAGGAGUGAAGCACAACAACAAAAACGACAACCUAAACGAUUUCCGUGUUGUGAACAACCGUUGUAUGUAUGUAUGUAUGUAUGUAUGUAUGUGUGUGUGUA